GGCGACGAGCUGACAGGACGUCAGUGUUGCGGACGGCAGACAGCGGCCGAUUACACGAUUUUUGCGUGCAAAAUACGAUUUGCGAAACGCAAAUGUGUUACACAGCGCACUAUCUCAGCUGAGGAGUAGGAGUGCCGAAUGAUCGUGGUAAACUAUUGCGGACAAAAUAAUCUUUGAUUGUUCGAGUUUGAUUACUCCGCGGCUGUAUGCCUGCUGCGGAAAAUGGAACUCCAAGACACAUUCUAUAGUAAAUCGGAAUACGUAGAAACGACUACUGGCAAUAAAGUGAGCCGUCAAGCUCAAAUUUAUGGCUCUCAAAAUAUUAUUCUGAACGGUAAAGUCAUACUGCAGUCUGGUGUGAUGAUACGAGGUGAUCUAGCUAGUGUUAAAAUGGGCCGGUACUGUUUUGUAGGCAAAGGUUCAGUUGUAAGGCCACCCUGCAAAAAAUUCAGUGGAGGAUUUACUUAUUUUGCUCUUCAAAUUGGAGAUCAUGUACACAUUGGUGAACAAAGUGUCAUUCAAGCAGCUAUCAUUGGAUCUUAUGUACACAUUGGAAAAAAUGUUGUUAUUGGUAAAAGAUGUAUACUUAAAGAUUGCUGUAUGAUUGGGGAUAACACAGUACUUGCACCUGAUACUGUAGUUCCUUCAUUUACACAUUAUUCUGGUUCUCCAGGCAUGCAAAUUGGUCAAUUACCAGUAUGUACUCAAGAUCUGUCAACUGAUUAUACCAAAUCAUUUUAUGAUCACUUUGUUCCAUCUAUUGAUAAUUUAUAGGAUAAAAAAAUAUGGUUUUAACUUUUUUAAUUUAAAAUU